CAUGGUGGUAGUGAAUAUCGCACAAGUCUCAGCCAAGUUUCUUACACCGUGUAAAGUCUAAAUAUGUCUCACUUUUGAUUUGGUUGAAGUUCAUAAGUGUUGUUUAUAUAUAUGUAUAUUGAUAAAAUGGUUUAUGUUAAUCCCUGUUCACAUGGCGCCGUAGCGUUGGAAACGAUUGGAAAUUAGUUCUAGCUUCAAAAUGAAGUGAAUUAUUGUUGAUGAAUAUCUGGACAUACUAUCGCAAGGCUUAUAACAAAGAGAUUCAAGUAAAAACAAAUCCAGCUUGAUUAAGCAUAGUAACAACAGUGAAGAUGCCCUGUCCCCUUUGGACCUGAAAGAUAUUCUUGACCGCCUAAUACAAGAAGAGCAUGAAUACAAAGAUAUUAAGUUGAGCACUGUGAGAAAAUUAACAGCAGACAUGACAGAAAGGGGACGAAAACUAGGGACUCAAUUAGAAGCCAUUCACAGUUAUGUUGUUAAAGAUUGUUCUAACGUGGAAGAAGGACAGGAUCAGAGAGAGAAUUGUCUGUCAGAAGAACUAGCUGACGAAAUAAGAAAGAGAACUACGUCUGUUGAUAGUGAAAUAAAGCAACUGGAAAACCAAAUGGGACAGCUACAGAGAACAUUAGUUAAGGGAAAGGCAAGACGAGAAAGCUUACGGCACAGAAUGUCGGCCUCUUCACAAGCAGGAGAGCGUAAGGUGUCGUCUAUGUCAUCUUCAUGUUCCUCUAUGCCCGAGAAUGAAGAGCUUAGCUCAGAAGACUACAAAUCGAAAAUAGAACUGCUAGAGAAUGAAAAACUAGAGCUUCUUGAAGACAAGAAAGAUCUUAAUGAUGAGAUCAAAUUUUUAAAGUACCAACUACAGUACCGUCUGGAAGUACAGUCGCUACAAAACGGACGUGAAUGCAAAGCAGAGACUCAUAUCAAACUCGAAAAUGAAAACAAGACUUUGCGCGAAGAAAUUGCCAAGAUGAAAGAGCGAUUUGAAAAGAUAAAGAAAAAGUUUGAAGAAAGUGGCCAUGUUGAGGAAUCACUUCUUACCAUGACAGAUGUUGCAACAGACAGUUCUGCUUUAAUCGAGAGUGAACUAGAAAGAAUGCAUAGCGAAAGAAAGAUUUUGCUGUCGACAAUCAUGCGAAUGCAAAGCAUGGAAAAAGAUGAGGAUGAAGAAGUAUCAUAUGCUGAUUUUGGAGUGCAGUGUAACCUCGUGAAGAUAGCCGACAGCAUGRAAGAGAAAGAUGUGACUCCUCUUGUUGCAAAGCUCACGAAAGAAAACAAGGCUUUAAAAAAACACAUUACUGACAUGCAAAACGAGAUAGAUGAAAGAGAAGAGGAAAGCAAGACACUAGACGAAGAAAACUACAAACUGACCGAGGAGAAAAGAACCUUGGAAGACACCAUUAAUAAACUCAGAACACAAAUCAACGAAACAUUAGACACAACUCUAGAUGAAAUAGAACAUCUGCAUUCUUUCAAUGAAGACCUUGAAAUGAAGUUCAAGAGAACAGAGGCAAAGAAUAAAGAGAUAUUACUAGCCCUAAAAGACUUGCAAAACAAAAAUUGCAAAUCUUUGGAGAACUUGCUUGACCAAGUAGAAAACAAGUCAACGAUGGAGGAAGUAUUCGAGUUUUUAGACAGAGAAGUCGGUACAUUGAUCGAAACAAAUUCCAGCAUGACCAUAGAAAAUGGCGAAAAGAAAACCAAUCAAGAGAGGAAUGAAGACAAGCAGUUCACUUCGAAUCUUCUUAAUGAGGUUAAGAACUGCAAAGAGUUACUAGAAUCUCAAAGAUCUCACAUUAGAAAUUUGCAGCUGGAAAAAAGAGACAUAGAAGAAGGAUACACCAAAAUGAAAAGAGAACUUCUUCUUCUCAAGUCCAACAAACAACGAGCAAGAGAAAAUUCUAAAGAACUUCAAUUUCUGAAAAAGAGGCGAGUCAAAUCGCUUAACGACGGUACGUUAGGUGGAGUUGAGACCAAAGAUGUUCUUGUUGAUAAAGAAUCCCUUCAACGAGAAAUAAAAAGACUCGGAGCUGUCAAGACGCAGCUCGAAAACAACGUUCAGAAACUGAAAAAAGAAAAAGCAACAUUAGAAGAUGAAAAAGUCUGUCUACUGGGAUCCCUGUACCACCAGUUGGAAAGAAACGAGUCUCUUGAGAUUCAAAUUGAAGAGUUAACGGUUGCCCUUGAACAGUGGGAGGCCAAAGCAGACCUUGAAAAUGAUGUAUUUGAAAGAAAGACCGAGGAAAAUGGCAAGGAAUUUGGCUCAGAAAGUGCGGAACAAGGUUUCCCGAGAAACGUAAAGGUCGAGGGUGAUAAAGAAAGCAUAGAAAAACAUGUUACUAAUGAAGAUAAAGAAUCUCUUGAGUUACCAGGAAAACUGGAUGGCGAAAGCAUCGCACCAGCAAAACUAGAAACUGAAUCUAAUGGGUCGCUAGAUACAGAGGAUAUAGACAGUACUCCACCAACGAGUCCUGUUAUGAGUGUUGUAAGUUCUGCAGCUGAAGAAUCGCUACAAGAACUGAAACAAAAGAUCCACGCUCUUGGAGAACAGCUACGUUACGUCCAAGAAUCAGUGAACGAGCUGGAAACAGAGCGAGAUAAACUACAAGAAGAUCUCGAUGAAAGUAAGAAGAACGAAAAGGAACUAAGGAAUGUCRUCAUUCAGCUCAAAAGAGAAAACGGCAUCCACCUUGAUAAACUGGCCAAAUCUAAUGAAUGUGCAGAAACACUACAAGUUCGUCUUCGGGAGGCUAAUGAGGCAAAGGAAGAAGUUAUGGAAUCUUUAGAAGAGGCCAACGAGGAAAAGUUUGUAAGUAAACGACAUUGUGAAGUACUGAAUAAAAAGCUUCAAGAAGUGACGAAGCAGAGGGACGAUUUCCGUAGCGAGAACAAUGUUUUGAACGAAAAGGCUAAAUUCUACCAACAGAACAUAAAAGAAAUACAUGAAUUGAUAGAUAAAAUCGAUAGCGUCCAAGUAAAAGACGCGGCUUCAGGAAUAAAGGAAGAUGAGGAGUCCCCAGAAAAUUGGGCCGUAGAAGAGUAUGAGAAAAGUGGCGCCGAAGACGAUGAUCAAAAAAAAUCCAUUGUAGGGCUAAAGGCGGUGUUAAACAAAGUCAGUGAGAUGAAAAAGAAACACGACGAAGAAUGUGACGUGUUGAAGGAUCAACUGAGAGCUUUGAACACCGACAAAGAAGCCUUGCACAAAUCAGUACGAGAGACAGAAGACAAGAAAAAACAGAUGAAAGGGUUCAUUGCUAAAUUAACAGAAGAAAAGGAAAAAGUCACAGAACAAUUGGAUGAAAUAAGGCAGCAAAAAAACAAUUUGGCAGAGGCAUUAGAAAAUGUCUAUCAAAGUAAAGAGAAACUCCAAAAUAGGUUCGCUGAGGCGUUGAAUAAACAAGAGCAAUACAAGAGAUCACUUGUCGAAGCCUUGGACGAAAUCAAGAACCUCAAGGAAUCUCUUUGUAGAGUGGUAAACGAACAUGAGACUAUGAAGGAAUCGCUUCUUGCUGCCAAUAGAGAAGUGGAAAGACUGAAAAGCGAGCAGCAACCUCAUAAGGCGGAGCUGGAAGUCAUUCCUGAGGAGGAAGACAAAGAGAUGCGGCAAGAUCAGAAUGAAAAAGAACUGGUCAGUGAAAACCUUUCCAUCGCAGAAGAGAACUCUCUUGAUGACAUGUCCAAGUCUGACAAAGAUCAAAAUAACAAUAAGGAUGACCUUUUAAAGAUUAUUGAUAAACUAAAAGAUUCUGUGGCUUUGUUAUCCCAAGAAAAAUUAAAGUUUGAAGCCCGAAUCAAGAGUUUAUUGGAAUGCAAAGAAAGCAGAGAUGAUGACACAAAUGAUGCAACAAAGGCUAAGGAAAGCAAGGAAGGCGAGCAGCGGGAAUGUGUUGCCGAUGAACUAAGUAACGAAAUCCCUGAAUCGAGUGACAAUAUUGACACUCCGAAAGACGGUGAAGAAACAAACCUUUCCAAGCAGUUCUCCAGAAAUGAGAUCAUCUUUGAGAUUGAUAAACUAGCAGUACAAUUAGAAGCAAAUAUUGAACAAUUAUCUUCUCAAUUACAGUAUCUUGCAAGCAAACAGCAACAACAAGACACGGUAGACAAAGAACAUCUUAUGGAAUGGUUUGAAGUGAUCUCAACAGAAAAAGAAAACCUUGAACGAGAACUCGAAUCCUCAUCCAAAAACAACUUAGAAUUCUUAGAAGAUAUAAAAAAGAUGGGAGAGGAGAGACAAAGGAUAAAAUGUCAGCUUCGUGGAGUACUCUACGGUAUGGAAAGUGAUCUGUGCAAUGGGAAGCCUUAUGAACAAGACAUGGGAGAAAUGAAAGAGGAUGCUGAAAUGUCCACAAAACAACAAGAAAAUGAGUUAAGGGAAGAAUCUGUUCCUGAAGAAGUCGAUGACCUGAUAAAGAAGUUAAUAAUGAUGGUCAAGACAAAGAAUGAUCGUUUGAAUGAAAAAGAACUUGAAAAUGCACAACUGUUACAGCAGACUAAAGAGUUGCAAGAAGAAAAUAACUCCCUGAAUGAAAAAAUUGUGGACAUUUUUGAGAACAGCAAACYUUUUUCCUCUUCAGAGGAGCUAAAUAAAUCUAUUAAGGAAACUGAAGCUCUUGAAAAACAAGUAGAGGCGUUAUCCAAUCAGGGAGCGUUGUUAAGAGGAGAAGCAGAUGAACGAGUGCAAAGACUGAUAGAGCUAGAAGAGAAGAUGAUAGCAACCAUGGAAAAGAAGCUGGAACUUGCUGAAUACGCCAAGGCACUUAAAUCCCAAAAAGAUUCCUUGGAGAAAAAUUGCGAACAACUAUCUCUUGAGGUGGAAGGCCUGAAAAUAUCACGAGACCAACUUUUGGCGGRAAAGGGAGUACUAGAUGAGAAAUUGAAAACAGAGAUAAAGAUGUUGAAAGCCUGCAAUGAAAAGUCUAUCAAAGAAAUACAAGGACUUAGCCAACAGUUAAUGGAUAGAGAACAAGAUUUGGAAACUGUUGAAAUUAAGCUUGACUCAGAGGAAAAGAAGAAAAUAGCACUCAUAGAAGACCUAGAGAAGUCUGUGCCAAAACAAGAAGAAUUGAUGAAUAAGACUUCAGAACUAGAGCAGAAUGCUGCCAAAAUGACCAAGGAAUUGCAAGAAUUUUCAAAGGAAAACGAAGAGCUGAAUAAACUAAUAAAUCAAUUGAUAGCUGUUUUUGAUAAAGAAAUAACUGGUAAAGACUCGGCGUCCCCUGAAUCAAUCAAAAAUAUAGAGGCAGUGCAGAAAAAAGUGUGCGAGUUACGAGAAUGGAUAAUGCAUGCAAAAGACGAGUUGAAGAAACAAACAAAUGAGACAAACUUUCUCAACUUGUUUGUACAGCACGUCGACAUUAAAAUAUCCGAGAUUCUUGAUGAAGAAGACAUGACAUCAGAAAAGAUGUUGACAGAAGCAGAAAAAGAAUCCGAAGUUCCACAAGGCAAAGAAAACUACGAUACUAUCAAAUGUAAACUCGAGCGUUUGAUUGAAAUAAUAAAGAAACGUUUUGGUAGCAGUGUUAGUCUUCAAGCAGAACUUGAACGAAUUAGUGAAGACAACGAAAGAAUCGCCAAAGAAUUGACAUCCAAAACAGAGUUUUUACAAACCAUGAGAAAUUCAUACGAACAGCUUUUAGAAGAGCGAAACGUUUUGGCUCAAAAGGCAGCUGAAGAAGCCAUAAAACUAAAAGAAGAAAAACAAGAAACAAGCGAUACAGAUGGGGAGCUGACACACCGCAUCAUCUGCAAUAACUGCAAGAAACUCGAAAAAGAGUACGACGAUUUGAAUACAAAAUAUCUAAACAGGAAUAAAGAAAGCUCUGAACUUUUCGAGAAAUGUCGUCACCUGAAGGAACAACUGAUUCUUUUGAAGCAACAACAAGAAGAUGACGAGAAGGAAGAGACAAGAGACUCAGGUGAAGACCUUGUGUUCCCUCAAGAAUAUCAUGCCGAACCUGAAGCAUGCAGUUACGUUACAUCCGGCAUGGAAAACGACAUGAAAGAGAUGAUGCAUCAACAUCACAGAGAAACGAAUGAGCUGAAAAAAGAAAUUAAGCUGUUAGAAAAUGAGUUAAAUAGUUCAAAGCAAGAAAAUGAAGGACUACAGUCGUUGGUGAUCAGUCUGAGAAGUGAACUAGAUAAACCCCAACAACCCGAGAUGCACAAAUCUACUGACAGUGAACAACUGCACAAAACGUUGGCAGAAAGAUCGAGUAGUGUGAAAGAUCUGAACGAAAAGCUCGGCGUCUCUAAACAUUUUAUGCAGAAAAUUCUUGACGAAAAUACAGACCUGAAAGAAAAUGUGGUGAUGUUAGAGAAAGAAGCACAAGACAUGAUGAAUGAGAUGGAAGUCCUGAAGGCAGAGAUCGAUUUGAAGAAGAGGGCACUCAUCCAAGCAAAACAAGAAGCAUCAAUCACUGAAAGUAAAAGUCAUAAACUAGAAGAAGAAUUUACCAGCCUCAAAAAACAACUAAAAACCAGGGGCAAUCUUCUUGCAACACUGGAAAAAGAUAAAGAAACCUUUAAAGUGAGUUUGCGUGAGGCUCAAAGUGAGCUCGUUUUAUUGAAGAAACAAAAUAAUGAACUAACUGAUCUUUUGAAUUCCGGCGAACAAAGAAGAUUAGAAACUGAAAAUCUGAUCAAAAAGUUGAAACAGUCGUGUGAUGAAAUGACUAUUAAGUUCGAAAACUCUACAGCAGAGAAGAAAAGAAAUGAAGAAUUGCUGGAACAUGAAAAGGAACAUUCAGAUGAUUUGAAGGGCAAGUUAGAGAAACUAGAAUCCAUGUAUGAAAAAACUAAAGAAAAAGUUGAAAAUUUAACAGGAGAACUUCGUAAAGAUAAAACCAGGAGGGAUCGAGAAAUUGGAAAUAUAAAGCAGGAAAAUGCGAAACUAUUGGCGGAUGAAGGACGCGCAGGUCGAGAGUGUGACAGCCUACGUCUACAACUGGACGAGGAGAGACAAAAGAAUGAACGUUUAGCUGAAGAUUUGAAAGAACUGAACAAGGAAAAUCAGCACUUGAAGAAGAAUCUGCAAUUGGAGUCUGACAAAAAACUGAAAACAUCAGAAGAAUUAAAGGAAAACAAAAAAGAAGGCAGGCGAUUAUCUACCCUUACAGGUGACCUAAAAUCUAAGAUAGCAAAUCUUGAAGCCAUUAUAACCGCCGUGAAAAAAGAAAAUGAGCAUUUCAAAGAAGAGCUCGACAGAGCAAAAGAAAGCAACGCUGAUCUGAGAUCCCGUUUAAUCGAAGUUGAUGAAGAUAAGGAAGACCUCGAAAAAAUAAUCGAUGGGUUACGAGAAAAACGACAGAAAUUGUAUGAUGAGAUAGACAAAACUUUAGCUGAAAGAGAUGACUUCGAAGACGAACUGAUUGACACGAAAAAGGAAAUGACUAAAGAAAUAGAAUCUCUUAUAAAAGAAAACAGAAAGACAAACGACAAAGUACAACAGAUGGAGAAUGUAGAAAUUAGUCUGCGAAAGGAACUUGAAGGACACAAACAAUCGAAGGCCGCUAUUGCUGAAGAAAACCAGCAAUUGAAGAAGAAUCUAGAAAAGAUGAAAAAUGAACUUGAAACAUCUCAUGCGAAAUACGUGGUAAACACAGAAGCAGAGAUGUCAUUCUCCUCCUCGUCCCAGGAAAAAGAAGAUUACAUCCGUCAGCUGAAAGAAGGACAGUACGAAAUAAAGAAAGUAACCUGUGCUCUGGAAAAAAGCAAGAAAGAAAUAGAUAAAUUGAAAACUGAAUGUCAGAAAUUGAAAGAAAUGGAUCGAGAAGAGAAAAGAGCGGUGCAGGAGGAGAUGGUUGUUAAGGAGGGAAUGACGUCACUGGAAGCAUGCGCAGUAACAGAUCUGGAUAAAACAGAUAAACGAGGCGAAACACCUCUUAAUCUCGAGGAACAAAUAUCCAAGUACAUGAUAGAAAACAUGAGAUUGCGCGCUAGCUUAGAGGAAAGAGACUGUAAGUUAAUGACACUUCAAGGUGACUUGUAUAAAUUAUCUAAGGAAGGAGUCCAAGACGAGCUAAAGGUAGUAACAUUACAACGAGAAUGUAAAACUCUACGACAAACCGUUCAAAAAUGCAAAGAAACAGAAGAAAACAUAAAGGCGGCUCUACAUGCGUCAAACAGUGUUCAAGCAGAUCUGAGGAGGCGCUUAAGGAAUAUAGUCAUUGACAAAGAAAAAUAUGAACAAGAGUGUAAGAAGUUAAUUUUGGAGAAAGGAUCGAUUGAGAAGGUGAUGGUAACCUCUACAGAAAUGCCUGCAGUAUCUCAGAUUGAAGGUGAACUAGGCAGGGAUCAUCUGGCAAAGGCACAAUCACUAGAGACUGCAAGAAAAGAAAUCGUUAUCCUUGAAUCUCAAGUGAAAGACUUAAGAGCACGAUCUGAGAGUAACCGACAGGUUGUUGUGCAGCUGCUUAAUGAAAUAUCCAUUGAACUGAACAGGGCCAGGAAUGUUCUAAGACCGCUUGUCGACACCAGGGAUGAAACAAAAAUGGAUGCGCAGAGUAGUGAAGCCGAUAACCUUCGAAAAGGUAUAAGUGAUUUACGUAAUGCUGUCGAUAGACUGGAAGGUACUGUGAUGGUGAAAACAAGAGGGCAGGAUGAUUCAUGCUUAAUUACUGAAAACAACAAUUUGAUGAAAGAACUUAGAGAUGUCACGGAGGAGAAAAACGUGCUGAGUGAUAAGCUGAUUUAUCUGCAGGAGAAACUAAAUGAUAUCUUGGAAGAACGUCGAGUGUUAGAAGAUAUUGGCGCAGAUACUAGAAAAGAGUUGACAGCUUUAGUCACAUGCUUGUCUGCAGAACGAGAAGAGAAAAUUAGCAUAAGCAGCGAGCACUCGGAGAUGCUGGCCAAACUACAGGAAGCUGACAAGAAUGAAAUAGCUCUUCUAACCACUAUAAGAAAUCUUGAGAAAGAAUGUGAGAAACUUUGUGAGCGAAACAGACUCUUAGAAAUGAAAGUAGAUGGAUUUAACACCAGUAGUGACAAAGACGAAAUACAAGUAGCACGUACGUCGGCAAUAGAAACACCAGGAAAAGAAAAACAAAUGACUUUGGAAUCGUUAUGCAAAGACUAUAAAAAGGUCUCUGCCGUCUGUAGACAACUGGAAGACAGAAAUAAGAUACUGGAGGACGAGAAAAAAUCCAUGGUUGAAGAAAAGUAUUUGUACAAGAAGAAACUGGACACUAAGAACCAAGAUUUACUUGCAGAGGUAAAAAGUAAAGAACAACAUUUGAAGAAAGUGCUCGAAGAAAACACAAAGCUGUUGGAGAUAAGAAAGACGUUAGAAGCGCAACUUCGUCAUCUUGACAGGGAGGUAAUGUUGUUAAAAGAUCGUGUUGUUUGCUCGGAGACAGAAAAAGAACGACUUGAAGAUGCAAAUCGUCAGCAGCAAAAUGAAAUCCAAGAGAUGUAUCUCCAUAGGAGCAGGGAUAAUAUGGUUCGUGAAAAACUGGAAAACCUUUUCUAUGAGAACACGAAACUCAAAGAACAAAAGAGAAUGCUAGUUGCUCGCUUACAAUCUUUAGAAAGAGACAUCAAAUCUCAGCUUCUGACCAUAAGAAACUUACAACAUGAGAAAGAAGAUUUGAAUGCUCGACUGAAUGACGUUGAACGAGAGAAAUGGCAGGAGCAAUCACACAGACGUCAUCUCAACGACCUUCUGGAAAAACACGAAGAAAAAUCGCGAAAAGAAAUAGAUAAUCUAAAUGAGAUGGUGAGAAAACUAACAAUUGAAAAAGACAAACUUCGCAAGGAAGGUCCUCACCUGGACAAGAUGACAUUUGAAACAUCGAGAUUGGAAGAAGAACAUAUCGACAACAAAGGUAUCAUCGACAAACUAAAAAAGGAAAAUGCUACUCUGGUAAAAGAAAGCAGCUUACUGCGACGAGCCUGUGAGAAGUUGAAAGAAAACAGAAAAGCAUCCAAGACAUUAAAUUCAUCGUCCRUGGAACAUUCAUCUUCUUCCAGGCUGUCGCCACGAAUCAGCUCCCGCCAAAUGCAAGGAUCAAAACACUCUUCCUUCUCUUCUUUUGAUCAAACAUCACUUUCCAACAGUCAACACUCGUUUUCUGCAGACAAGACAGACAGAGGCAUAGGGUCUACCUCCCAUGAUUACAGUCAACAACAAACACCUCCUGUAAAUCAGACACGUCGCUUAGUAAGUAGAGAUGCAGACGCUACUAGCAUCUGUUCUCAGGAAUGUUACUGCAGUCCAAUAUUAUCCGUUGUUAACCUCUGCCCCAUUGAGAUACAGCAGUCAACAGAGCUUAGCCCUUCACAACAGUGUCCUGCAUGUAACAAGAAGAAGACUAGUGUGGUUAUCAGUGAACACUACGUGUAAUUAUACUAACUUUGCUUUACUAGAAUAGUGUUCUAAUGAGAUUUCAGUGCCUCCCAACAGUGUCCUGCAUGUAACAAGAAGAAGACUAGUGUGGUUAUCAGUGAACUGUACGUGUAAUUAUACUGACUACCUGCUCUCUACUAGAAUAGUAUUCAGUCUAGCAGCUCUUAGUCCCGUAACAUAACAACAGUAACCUACAGUACCCUACAUUUGGUGCCCUACAUGUAACACAACUAGCGUGGWUAUCAGAGAGUGAGCAUCGCCUGCUAGGAUAUUUUCUCUACAAUCGAUACUUACAGACCCGUUCACGAGAAUACAUGACUUAGUUAAGAAAUAUAUCAAAAUAUCAAUAUUUUAUAAAAUCAAACCAAGGUUUUUAAUUCUCAUUUCUCAAAAUUGUAUGCUUUCAAGAAGAUAUAUUUUUAUAUUCAGAUGCCUAAUAUUGCUCUAGAUUUUUUGUAGAUUGUCCAUAACAAUUAUCAUGUAUUAUUCAUAGCCUCGAUAAAUAUAUUCAGAGUUUAAAAAAAUGAAAAGCUAUCUUCAGUUCUGUCAGUAGCUAUAGCAAAUGAAAAAUAAUGAGGUAUAAUAAAUAUAAAAUCGUGUAAA